AUGACGGCCCCGAUGGAGUACCUCACCGCCGGCACGCGCUCCAUGUUUGGCGACCAGCUCGAGAGCCACCGUGCCACGGCGCCGAGCACCGCCUUCAGUGCCAACCCACAGGCACGGUUCAUCGACACGUACAGCAGGCAGAAGCUCAACACGGCCUCGCCUGGAUUCACACACAACUACGAGAGCAGUAUAGGCCGCCAGUCGCAAUCCUACAAGAAGACGCAGCCGUCUUGGACCGUGGGCGCGCGCGACCACCUCGCCUCUGGCGCCAUGAUCGGGGGGCCCGGCCCAGGGCAGUACAGCAGCUGCCGCAGCUCCAUCGGCCCGCAGAUCGUGUCGAACGCACGUACGAGCACCGCGGUCGGCAACCGCACCGGCAACAGGUGGUCGUCGUACCGCAACGAGUACUACGAGAUCCCCGCCACGCCCGGCCCGGGCGACCCGGUCAGCUACAUCGGCACGGGGGGGCCCAAGUACUCCAUGGGCGGCACCGCGCCGCGGUACGACUUCGGCGUGGGCGGCACGAACAAGCGCAGCCCGCCCAGCUACAUGGACGACCCGGCGCCCGGGUCCUACUCCAGCACGGUGUCGUUCGGCCCGCAGCUGCUCGCCACAAAGAGCACGUCGCCCACCACCAAGUUCCCCUCCACCACGCGGAGCGCCGCCGCGCGCGUGUACAUCAGCAAGGACCACGAGCGCGCCAUCCUCGGGAGCGCGUCGCCCGGGCCAUCCAAGUACCGGGCCUACUCGAGCAUCGGCAGCCAGUCGGUGUCCCCGCGCAAGACGUCGCCCUCCUUCGGGUUCGGCUCGGGCGGGCGCUUCUCGGACUACCAGCCCACCAAGGCGCGCACGACGCAGCGCAGCCUCAAGGACGACCUCGGCGCCAGCGCCGUCAUGCCCGGCCCCGGAGCCUACCGCGUCUAG